CGGAAGUGGCGGGGCGGUGGCCUUGACUGGCGCCUCAGCUGGUGCCGCGGCGCCGCCUCGCCGCGUUCCUGUGGGGUUUACUGUGAAGUCGCGGGGCCCUUGUAUGACCUCCGGGUCGGGAGGAGGGAGCCUUGUUGUGGCUCCUGGUGUGGUCCUGCCUCGCUGCGGACACCUGACGAGUCGUCUCCCUGACGCAGCCUCAGCCUCCCCGGCGGAUAAAUCCGCUAAUCUCCUUGCGGCUCUAACAAGCCUUGGGUCCCGGCGGCGUGGGCUGAGGGGGCGGAGCCUGGGGGCGUCCUGGAGGUGGUUCCUAGCAACGUGGGGAGUGGGCCUCCGGAGGCUCUCGCGGACCGGAGUGCAUGACAAACUCCGCAGAGGAUGCUCUGGAGCUUGACCCGGCUCCGUCAAAGCCCAUCUCAAAGCCAUGGGUGUUUCCAGUUCCAAAGGGAGCCCUACAGCGGAUCUUUGGGAGCAGCCAGGUGUUCCAGAACUUGGAUGUUGUAAAAUCGAAGAUCACGGGAUUAACAGUGCCCCUCAAAGUCAGGGAGUACUACCACCAAGGCCUGCAGUGCUUGGAGAAAGAGGACUGGGAGAUGGCUGUGCUCUUCUUUUCCCGUGCCCUCCACCUGGACUCUGAGCUGGUAGACUUCUACGCUUUACGAGCCGAGGCCUACAUCCAGCUCUGUGACUUCUCCUCGGCCGCCCAGAACCUGCGAAGGGCCUGCUCCUUCCAGCCGGAGAACACCAAGUACCUGGAGCGGCUUACCUUGGUCCUUUACCUGCAGGGCCAGUGCCUGUUUGAGCAGUGUGCCUUCCAGGAAGCCCUGAGAGUCUUCUCACAAGCCUCUGCACUCCAGCCGGGGAAAGCCAGCUUCCGUUACCGAUGCAUGGCCUGUCUCCUGGCCCUCGAACAGUAUCAGGACUGCCUCUCACUCGUCACCAAAGAGGUGAAGCUUGGUACAACCAAUGCCGAUGUCUUCAUCCUCCGAGCCAGGCUCUACAACUUCUUCCAGAAGCCCGGCCUCUGCUAUCAAGACCUGCACAGCGCCUUACUGUUGGACCCCAAGCACCCACAAGCCAAGGCGCUGCUCCAGAUGAUGGUGGACCAAGCCCAGCAGGCGCGUCAGGAUGCCGGGAUCCUGGCAGUGCAGGGCAAGCUGCAGCACGCCCUGCAGUGCAUCAACUGUGCCAUUGAGAACAACCCUCUGGACCCCUGCCUCUUCCUUUUCCGGGGCACCAUGUACCGCCGGCUCCAGGAGUUUGAUGCCGCCGUGGAGGACCUCCUGAAGGCUCUGGACAUGAUGAGUGAGAGCCAGGAGCGCGCCGUGCAGCAGGCCCAGCGGCAACUGCUGCUGACCUACAAUGACUUCGCUGUGCACUGCUACCUGCAGGGCGCCUACCAGGAGGGCGUGCUGCUGCUCAACAAGGCCCUCAAGGAUGAGCAGCAGGAGAAGGGCCUCUACAUCAACCGGGGCGAUUGCUUCUUCCAGCUGGGCAACCUGCUCUUUGCGGAGGCCGACUACCAGCAGGCGCUGGCACUGAGCCCGCAGGAUGAGGGCGCCAACCUGCGCAUGGGGCUGCUACAGGAGAAGAUGGGCUUCUGCGAGCAGAGGGGCAGGCAGUUCCAUAAGGCGGAGAGCCACUUCUCCAUGGCCAUCCAGCACAACCCCCAGAAGGCCCAGUACUACCUGUACCGUGCCAGGAGCCGGCAGCUCCUGCAGAACAUUUUGGGGGCCCGCCUGGAUGUUGCCACCGUCCUGCUUCUCAACCCCAAGCAACCCAAGUUGCUCACCCUGAUGGCCAGCCUCUUCCCGGGCAUGUCAGUGGAUGACGUGCUCUGCAGCCAGGUGGCCCACCUGGCCAGGCUGCAGUUGGAUCGGGUGUUGGAGAGAAGAAGCCUGCAGGCUGGCAUCCCGCAAGGCAUCGUGGGGCAGCUCAGGGAGCGGGAACUAGAGCGCCAGAAGGCACGGACCCUGCAGUUCUGGUGGAAGCCUUUGUUUGGGAUCUCUGAAGAGCUCGAGGCUGCUCCCCAGACCCUGACAGGAGCGCCACCAGGUGCAAAGGCAGCCAAGGCCCUCCAUGAGGAGAAAGAGCAGGAGCCUGCAGCCAGCAGGGUGAGGUCCCUGUCCGAAAACUACCUCGACCAGACCUCUUCAGGCUCCAUCUUUGGCUUCAGGACCAUGUCUGCCUCAGAGACGUCUACUAUUUGCAAGGAAUACAGGAGCACCUCAGCCACUGCUGUGACAUCCUCCGACUCCUCACUGCUGAAGACUCAAUCCUCAGACCUCUUGGAGAACAGGGAACACCUAAGCUUGAGCAAUAGCCCCAGAAAUACCAAGGUCACCCCAGGCCAGAGCCAGAGCCCCAGCAGGACCAAAGUCACCCAGAGCCAGAGCCAGAGCCCCAGCAAGACAGAGUCUACCCAGGGCCAGAGCCGGAGGCCCAGCAAGACCAAAGCUACCCAGGGCCAGAGCCAGAGGCCCAGCAAGACAGAGGCCAUCCAGGACAAGAGCCAGAGCCCCAGCAAGAUAGAGGUUGCCCAGGGCCAGAGCCAGAGCCCCAGCAGGACCAAAGUCACCCAGGGCCAGAGCAGGAGCCCCAGUAGGACCAAGGCAGCCCAGGGCCAGAGCCGGAGGCCCAGCAGGAUAAAGGCUGCCAAGGGCCAGGGUCGGAGCUCCACAAGGACAAAGGUCACACAGGGCCAGAGCCAGAGUUCCAGCCAGACUGAAGCCACCCGAAGCCCAAGACAAAAACCUAACAAGACCAAGGCCACUCAGGGCCCAAGGCAGAGGCUUAGGAAGAUCAAGCCUGCCCAUGGCCGGAGUGGGGGACUGAUCCGAAGUUCUAGCAGGACCAAGGAUUUCUAUGAUCCAAGUUGGAGCCCCAGCAACGCUGAGGCCACUUGGGACCAAUACCAAAGGUCCAGCAAGACCACGGCUGCACAGAGCUGGAGCCAGAACACAAGCCCAGGUUACAGCAAGACCGAGGACACCUGGGGACUGAGCCCAACUCUCAGAAAACCCCAGAUCAGAGGGCCUGAGCCAGAACCCCAGAAAAAUCAAGACUGGCCCAGCAGUGACACAGAUCUCUGAAAGGGCCAUUCAGCUC